CGACACCGCCAACUUCCAAGUCGCCAUGUACAACGCGCAUCGUGGUAUAGCCGGGGCACCGGCUCCGCCAAACAACCGUCUCGUCGAGCUGCUCGAACAGGUCCGCGCCGAGUUCGAGGCUCAGGGUGGACGUGCAAACGAGUAUGAGCAUCAGCGUGAGUCGUCUCCGUUUGUCCCGACAAACACCUGCCCUUGGGGUAGUUAUCUAUCCACACAUGCGCCGUCUGCUGUGCUUUUGCAACUCUUCCUUCGCUCUCCCUCUUCCCAUUGCUGGCGACAUGGCCUUCCCCAACCCCGAUGUUGUGUAUACCGACUACAACGGAAGCUUAUACGAUAUANNGUCGCAAACCAGAUCCAGGAGAUGGAGCUUGUACGCAGCAAAAUCUUCCAGCUUGAGCAGACACACAUGCAGAUGAAGCAANAAUCUCAACGCAGGUACGAAGAAGACAUCUCUCGUUUGCGCCGCGACCUUGAGGCUCGUGGAGGCCCAAGCCAGUCUUCGCACACCGGCCCUUCGCAGCCCCCUCCGCCCUCGAUCGGCCACGGUCCCGCCAAUCUCUUCCAGGGUAUCAUGGCCGGCGCCACUGCUCAGGGUGGCCCGGGUCUUGCCCCUCCGCCUCAAGAUGGCCCACCUCAGGGAGUCCCUGCUCACAUCCAAGGCCCACCUGGGCUGAACCCCUCCGGGUCCUCCUCAACACGCUCCUUUUGCCACCCGCUGGUGUCAACGCCUACCGCUUCUCCCGGCCCUGGCAAGCCCCGCACUAACGCUCGCGGUCCUCCUGGUAUUCCUGGAACCCCUCAGCAGAACAACGCAAACCCCUACCCCGGCUCUCCUGCCAUGGCACGUCCUACCCCUCCUCCCGCUCUUGCCCAACAACAGCAGGCCCUUUCUCUGCCUCAGCACCAGCAAUACACUCAAGAGCUUGGUGGUAGCGGUAAUCAAUUGGUCGACUUGGCGGUUGAAACUCUUCCCAGCAACCUCAAGCGCGAGGGUGAAGACUGGUACGCUGUUUUCAACCCCCGCGUUCGUCGCACCCUGGACGUCGAGCUCGUUCACAACCUGGCCCACCAGAGUGUAGUCUGCUGUGUUCGUUUCAGCCGCGACGGAAGAUUUGUCGCUACUGGAUGCAACCGAUCUGCUCAAAUCUUCGAUGUCGAGAGCGGCCAGCAGGUCAAGCAUCUGCAGGACACCAGCCUUCCCNAGGAUGGCGACCUUUACAUCAGAAGUGUCUGCUUCAGCCCUGACGGUCAAUACUUGGCCACCGGUGCCGAAGACAAGAUUAUUCGCAUCUGGGAAAUUGCUGCUGGUCAGAUCCGUCACCAAUUUGCUGGUCACGAGCAAGACAUCUACUCUCUUGACUAUUCUUCUGAUGGUCGUUACAUUGCAUCUGGAUCUGGUGAUCGUACCGUCCGUGUCUGGGAUAUUCCUAACAACCAGUGUGUUUUGUGCCUGACCAUCGAAGAUGGCGUCACCACCGUCGCCAUCUCACCCGACAACCGUUUCUUGGCCGCUGGCAGUCUGGACAAGAGUGUUAGAGUAUGGGAGCUGGCGAGCGGAAACCUUCUUGAGAGGCUCGAGGAAGCUGGUGGUAACCCUGGUCACAAGGAUAGUGUGUACUCUGUCGCAUUCUCACCCACCAGCAGAGAACUUGUUUCUGGCAGUCUGGAUCGAACCAUCAGAAUGUGGGAGCUCCAAAGCCACUACCCCGGCAACCAAAAUAUGCCCCCAAGAAACCCUCGCGGAGGCAAGUGCAUUCGCACUUUCGAGGGCCACAAGGACUUCGUCCUCAGCGUUGCACUCUCGCCCGAUGGCGAAUGGGUUCUGUCUGGCUCAAAAGACAGAGGUGUUCAGUUCUGGAACCCUCAGACUGGUGAUGCUCAACUCAUGCUCCAAGGACACAAGAACUCCGUUAUCUCAGUCGCACCCAGUCCCGUCCAAGGCGGUCUGUUCGCUACUGGAAGUGGAGACAUGCGUGCGAGAAUUUGGAGAUUCUCCAGAUACGACCCCGCCCGUGGC